AGUCAUUCAGCCUCAGAAGAGUCCAAUCACUCCGCCUCUGAGUCAGGCAGCCAAUCAGAAAGCGAACAAGCAAGUGAGCAGGCAAGUGAGCAGGCCAGUGAAUCCAAUAGCAGCUCUGAGUCUUCAGAGAGUCAGUCUGAAUCAGAAUGCGAAUCAGCAGGCUCCAAAACCCAGGACACAGCGGCCGACUCAAAACAGAAGACUCUUCCCAAAAAGGAGAGACUGGCGGAUGUAAAAAAGAUGUGGGAGGAAUACCCUGAUGUAUAUGGAGUUAGGAGGUCCAACCGCAGUAGGCAAGAACCAUCAAGGUUUAAUAUUAAAGCAGAGAGCACAGAUUCUGAAAGUGAAAGCCCAAAGCGGAGAAGUCUUAGAACCGCCCGCAAGAAAGAGAUGAAAAAAGAUUCUGAGGAUGAUGACGAUGAUGAAGAAAUUAGCAGUGGAGACUGUGAAAUGGAGAAACCUAAAACAAGACCACGGAGGGCUGCAUCAAAAAGAGGUUCAUACAGGGCUUGUGGAAGGAGUCAGAAAAAACCACAGCGUGGUAAGAGGAGAAGGACAGAAUCAUCAGAGGACGACGAUGACGAUGAUGAUGACGAUGAUGAAACGCCUAAAAGGCAGACGAGACGCAGAGCAGCUAAAAAUGUUAGCUACAAAGAGGACGAUGAUUUUGAAACCGAUUCUGAUGAUCUGAUAGAAAUGGCAGGAGAGGAGGUAGAAGAACAAGAAGAUAGCCAUGAAAAUAUAGAGAAAGUAUUGGACUCCAGAAUUGGAAAGAAAGGAGCAACUGGAGCAUCAACAACUGUAUAUACCACAGAAGCCAAUGGGGAUCCAUGUGCUGACUUUAACCCAGAAACAGAUGAACGGGAGCAACAGUACCUUAUCAAAUGGAAAGGCUGGUCACACAUUCACAGCACUUGGGAGAGUGAAGAGUCCCUCCAGCAG